GCGCGCGCAUAUAUUCACCAGCGCUUCGCACGAACACCAGUCAAUCCUUAGAUCGCACAGCGGAGCGAUCGAAUCAGUUGAACGUUCCGAUACUUCGCAAACGAACAACACUACGCUAGUUUCCGCGCGUUACGCAGCGAUCGUGUCGGGGAUUUGAAUUAAGAUUUGUACGUUUUUAUAAGGCGCCAAGAUGACUGACGCACACGCAAAAAUAGAAGAUAACCCGAAGAUAUUAUCCGGACCAGUGCUGGUCAACUCACCGAAUGCGGUUUUGUCUAAAACCCUGUUGGGAAGGUACAAUGACCUCCCUAUUCCUGCGGAUAAAAUUUUGGCGACAUACAUCUGGAUCGAUGGGACUGGAGAACAUCUGCGUUGCAAAGAUCGUACCCUGAACUUCAUUCCUAAGCAACCCAAGGAUCUACCGAUUUGGAACUUCGAUGGCAGCUCCACGGGACAGUCGGACGGGCACAACUCUGAUACAUUCCUGUAUCCCCGUGCCAUCUACCGGGAUCCAUUCAGACGUGGCAACCACAUCCUUGUCAUGUGCGACACAUACAAGUACAACAUGGAGCCGACAGAGACUAACCACCGCAUCAAGUGCCAGGAGGCAUAUGACAGGUGCAAGGAUGAUGAGCCGUGGUUUGGCAUUGAGCAGGAGUACAUCUUGCUCGACUCCGACCUGAGGCCCUUCGGAUGGCCCCCAGGUGGCUUCCCCCCACCACAAGGCCCAUACUACUGCGGUGUUGGUGCUAACAAGGUCUUCGCCAGGGAUCUUGUCGAGGCUCAUUACAGAUGUUGUCUAUUUGCUGGCGUUCCGAUUUCUGGCACCAACGCCGAGGUCAUGCCCUCGCAAUGGGAGUUCCAAGUGGGUCCCUCUGUAGGAGUGACCGCUGGCGACGAUCUGUGGGUCGCUCGCUACAUCCUGAACAGACUUGCUGAGGAGUACGGAGUCAUUGUCAGCUUUGACCCCAAACCAGUCCAAGACUGGAACGGCUCUGGAGCUCAUACUAACUUCUCAACCAAGAAGAUGCGCGAGGACAACGGUAUUAUUGAGAUCGAGAAGGCGAUUGACAAGCUGUCUAAGGUUCACAUGAAGCACAUCAAGGUCUAUGACCCUCGCGGAGGAAAGGACAACGAGAGACGUUUGACUGGUCUCCACGAGACUGCCAGUAUUAAUGACUUCAGUGCCGGUGUCGCCAACCGUGGCAGCAGCAUCAGGAUACCGCGGACUGUGGCCGAAGAGAAGAAGGGCUACUUGGAGGACCGUCGACCGGCCUCGAACUGCGACCCGUACGCUGUGAUAGACGCCCUGAUGCGCACCUGCAUACUCAAUGAAUAACAGUGGCGCUUCCCCCGCCAGGCCACUCCUGCGCCACGUGUCAGCUAGCGAACACAUCACCAAUAAAUCCGUCUAUUAUGUUCGUGCCUGGUUGCCAACGCAAGCUGUAUGUACCUGCACCAAUGUGCAUUAUUGAACCUCUUCCAUUUUAGUGAUAUACAUAUAUACCGCAAGAGCAACACCAAGUAACAUUUUUUGUAUAGACAUUUACCUUGUAAUAUCUAAUAAUUAUUAUAAUCACUAGCGACGACAAAUCGAAUAAUAUAUGGCCUAUAGGUAUUCAAUAGAAUAGAUUAUUCAAUUUACACUAACUAUAAAUGAUAAACUA